AUGCGAAGCCAUACCGGUGAUCGCCCGUACCGCUGCCAACAUUGCGGAGACCAGUUCGCCAGAAGCGAUUUGCUGUCUCGUCACGUCAACAAGUGUCAUCCAAAUGAAAAGCCACUUUCGUCUUCUGCGCCUCAGCGCCGCAAAGGAUCGACGUCGGCUACGCGCGCGACGACGUCCAAGCAGGCGUGCGACCAGUGUGUCCAAUCAAGCCUGCCCUGUGACGGCUCGAACCCUUGUUCGAAAUGUGUACACCGCAAGUGCCGCUGCACCUUUGUGAAGUUUCACCGCCAGACCGCUCCCCUCGGCCCCGGUCACCCGUCACGGCCCAACGACCCUAACGCCGCUGCACUCGCCGCUGCGGCUGCUGUCGCAAAUGGCACACUCCCUGGAGUGAACGCCCUGCCCGUGCUCGCUGGUCUGCCCGCCGUCCCGGCCGGCUACCGGCUCACCGACUCUUUCCUACUCGCGCCGAACGCAUCGGCUGCCCUUGCUGCCGGCAACCCGCCCAACCCAUUAUACACCAACGCGCCCUUCAACUUCGGCCAUGCGCUCCAGAACCCAGCAUACGCAGAAGAGUACGCCGCCCGCUACCGCGCCCAGGCCGAGAUGCUCGCUCGCAGCGGCAUGCUUGGAGCCGACGGCUACCCCCAAGAUCUUCCCUCCCAAGAUGGGCGCUAUGCAGCCCCGUACCCACGCCCAGAAUUAUCGGCCGCUAGCCGCAACGGCGUGGUCGAUUUCGCAUACAGUCCGGAAAACAAGCAGAACGGCGCCUACGCUCCCCGCGAUGACGAGCCGCAGUACGGCUCGUUGCCUUCCUCGUUUGACGCCCAGUCGUAUGGGAACCCGAUAUAUUCGUACAGUCUCGACCACCGCCGACCGUCAACGGCGGACUCGGACGUCACCGGCUCAUCCUCGGCCUCGUCGAGCUCAGUGCACCUCCCGCUCCCCAAUACGCAUCCUGCGUACUCUGCUACCCACGCUCGAUCAGCAUCUGCGUCCUCUUCGUCUUCGGGCUUUGAUGGCCAACCGCGCAACGAGGGAUACCCCGCUGAUGGCGAGGGCGGUUUCAGCAGCGCCUUCGGGUUGAUGUCAUUGGACGACCCCGCUGUUCUCGCAGGAUUGAGCGAAGGCGUUCCCUUCUUCGACCAUGCGAACGGAGAGCCAAACGGGCCCGCAUGGCAGGACGGCGUCACUCCUCGUGCUGGCAUUCCGCCCGGCCCGCAGGACCGCGAUAAUGGGAACGGGACUCGUAACGAGAAGCCCGGCCAACAGACGCCCAGCACGCUCAAGGAACUCAAGGACAUGUGGAGGCAAUACAUGCGCACACCGCUUACGGGUCAACAACUCGGACACGGGCCGACUGCUGCCGCUGACGAUAGCAACGUAACUCGAAGCCCACCCCGCGCUCGCGGUGAGCAACGCCCGAUCCCUCGCGUCGCGAGCAUGCCGACAGUCAAGACGCCUGAUGCUGGUGCUUGGGAUACGCGCGGCAUGCCACCGCCUGGGCGCGGUAGUAACAAUAAUCCCGACGAUUUGCGGAGCUACGAGCAGGCCGUUCUCGCUCGCCGUGCGCCCAUCUCGCUCAACCUCGUCCCGAAGAAGGGGCGUAUGGGCAGCCUCUCGCAGCAGAGCGCUCCGGCUGGCAACGAGAACAACCGGCCGGAUAGCCGUGGUUCGUACGAGACGCGCGACGAGAACAGCCCUAGCCCGCUACCGCUGCUUCACCCCGUCACGAACUUCGCACCGACUGCUGUAGCUUCUACGGAUGCGCGCCCUGGCUUCAAGCGUCUCGCCAGUCAGACGCUCGCGCCUGAGUACGCGAAGCGGACGGCCGUAGCUGCGCCCCCAGCGUAUAGCACGCAUAACGAGAGCGCAUAUGCCGACGACGAAGACGACGAGGCGGCAUAUCUCGCAGAAAGCGCCAAUAUGGCCGAGCGUGCGCGGCGCAUGAGCGCUCCUGUCAACGCGGCGGCGGCGUGA